AUGCCCAACUUCGACGGUGUUAAUGGCUAUGGCGAAAAAAAUCUCCCACCCGACGAUGAGCUUCGAACAGCUUUGCUGAAGUAUACACGGCAGAAUAUGACCCGCCAGCAACAGAUUGCAGCCUUGGGAAAGGAUUUUGGGGUCCAGAUUGGGUUGACUCUCCUCCGAAAAAUCAAGCUCCGUCUUGAUAUUCCAACCGUUCGUACGCAGAAAUUGUCCGUCGAGGCGGUGACGCAAGCGGUAAUCAACAAAGUCGGGAAAGACCCCGCAAGUUCUCACGGCCCGGCGUUUAUCAAGGACCAACUCCGUCUCAAGAUGAUCUUCGUUCCUCGGCAAGUCUCCGUCCUUCCAGCUAGCCUAUCCAUCACUAAUAUGCUGACUCUAGAGACCUUAUCCGACAAAUUAUGGUCCAACGCUACCCUGAUGGCUUCGACGUUCGCUUUCCUGGGAAGAGAGGGCGCCGCGUCAUUCGUGUCCUUCUUCGGGCAAGCACUUCGAAUGGGUGGCGUCGGCUUUUCCAUCUACGCCUACAAGGACAAAUAUACCGACUCUGUCCUCUGGAUCAAGGUCUUCCCCGAUGUGCGCAGUGCUGGAGCGGGUGGCCAUAUUUUCCUUGAUUUUGUUGAAGAUACUGGCUUUAUUCCGAUACAACUCACGACUGACAAAGGGUCUGAAGUUGGUUGGAUGUAUGCUUUCAUGUCAGCGCUCAGAGCUUCUUACGCACCGGACAUCAAUUCAAACCUUUACCCCUUCCAUGUUCUCAUCAAAAGUGUCCACAACACAGUCAUCGAAGGCUUCUGGCGUCACCUGAAGGAGAAACUUGGUCUAAAUCUGAAGGAUUACCUUCUCCGAGGCAAGACUGAGCACCUCUACAACCCCCACAACCGUUUCCACGAGCCACUAUUCUACUGGAUUUUUGCGCCGCUGAUACAGCAUGAGCUCGAUGACUUCGCCGACUGGUGGAACAACCAUCGCGUUCGACAUCAACACGAGAAGAUACUGCCAUCGGGACAUGUGCCGUCGCAUGCCAUGGAGUACCCCGAGCUGUUUGGCGCGCUCGACUGUCGGAUUCGAGUCCCACACGAAGCUGUCGAGGACUUGAGGAUGGAGCUUAACUUGGCGGAGGGGCCCAAGUCCCAAUUUCAGGCAUGGCCGAGUUUGACGGCGGAGUUUGAUGUGAGGGCAAGCCAUAUCUACUUCCGUCUGGGGGAGCCCGAGCUUACAAUGGCAAAUGGCUGGGAUAUCUUUACACAAAUGGCUACAGAGCUGGAACGUGAAUAG